AUGUUGGUUCCCACAACGUCGAGCGGCGGAGAAGAGAGCGAGGCGGUGACCGAGAAGGAGCUGCUCGCCAUCCGCGAGCAGGUGCUUGGAUUUCCGGCCCCGCAGCAAGAUCUGCUACUGCGGAUGCUUCGCCUUCCUCCGCAGCAGCAAAUUUUGGUCCAGAGUGCCUUGACUGUGGCUGUGACUGGGCGAGUCAACACAGCGCCGUCGCCGACGCCAAGCGGUUGCCCCGCGGCCACGCCGACGGCCUCGCCAGCGGAGCCGCCCGAUCGGCCGCCGUCGGUGCCGCCGCCUUGGACGUCCACCUCAGCAGCGUCAGCUUGGGCAUCGUCUUCGCCGACGACAGCGCUGCCCGUCGGGGGCGACAUACCGUGCGGAACCAUCUAG